UGAUGCUGGAAUGCCGUGCCAUGGCCCACUCGCAAUGUGAUUCACUGCCUUCACUUCUGUCCUCUCUACUCUUCAGUCGACCAGCAUCCCUCCCUGAGAUUCUGGAGCACAGAAAGAGUCCACUCCCGGUAUUUGGGAGGUAUGGGGCGUUUUCCGUCUUUUGGGAGAUUUCUCUUUUUCUGGGAGCGGAGGAAUCACUUCCAGAAUAGAGAGAACAAGCUUCUUAUACCAAAGGGAGUUAUAAGAAAUGCAGAAGGUGCCUCAUCUGUCUCGUAUCUGGCAACACACGACAGUUCAGGAAGUCAGACGAGCUCAACUUUAUCCAGCCAUGAAGAGUCGACCAGAGCUUCAUCAAGGAACAUCUUCACUUCACGAGCUCUCAGCUCCAGCUGGAGCGACUAUAUUCUCAAGUAUCUCCUGAUCACGAGCAACCUGCUCUUCACUGUUCUUGGUCUGGUCACACUAGUCGUGGGCCUCUGGGGCCUGAUCAACAAAGAGUCCUUCGCUCAGGAGAAGAUCAGCGGUAUCGGGACGGACCCCAUGCUGCUCUUCAUGUUCCUGGGCCUCAUUCUUGCCCUGCUGAGCCUGAUGGGAUGCGUAGGGGCACUGCGGGAGAACAUGUGUCUUCUUCGGACUUUCUCAGCCUUUGUCCUGGUCCUUUUGGUGGUUCAGGUUCUGGCGGUGGUCGUGUUGUACAGCCUGCAAGGGCAGAUCGAGAAUUACUUGCGUUCAGGCAUGUUGGCCGCAAUGGUGCGGUACCAGGACGACCUGGACCUGAGGUUCAUCAUUGAUGAGAUCCAGACGGGCCUGCAGUGCUGCGGGGCCGAUACCUACAGAGACUGGGGAAUCAAUGUGUAUUUCAACUGUUCAGCUCCAGGGGUCCAGGCGUGCGGAGUGCCCCCCUCAUGUUGCAUAGACCCCCUAGAGAAUGGGACAGUGUGGAACAGCCAGUGCGGAGUGGGCGCCCAACAGCUGGACGAGUUCUCGGCCCAGAGCGUGAUCUUCCUGGGCGGCUGUCUGGGAAGUAUCUCACGCUGGAUUAAUCAGCACAGUGGAGUGAUUGUUAUGGUAGUCAUCAUUCUGCUGGGGGUCCAGAUACUCACUCUGUUCAUAACGGACCGUCUGCUGCAGAAGAUACGGUGGAGCAGAGCUCAGCAUGCUGUGUACUUACAAUCACUGCAAUGAAUGGAUUCAGAUGUUUUCAGUAACAGGAUAUUGUGCCAUGGGGAAUAUGAACCAGCCUGUAUUUAAUGAAUUCAUUGCAUUUGACAUCUGGAGAUGUUAAAUUGUUUAUUCUGGAGAUAAACAGUCUAAGAAUUUCAUGAUAGCAUGUAAAAUUUUAACGGCAUUACAAGGAUUUUUUUCAUGAUAGCAUGUAAAAUUUUAAAGGCAUUACAAGAAUUUAAUAGGUUUUCAUUGUUUGUAAAUGUUUUCAUGAAAUAUCUAUUCUUAUUGUGUCAAUUUGGUCAAAAGUAAAAUACUUGCAAACUGCAUUUUAUAAUGCAACACAAGGAGUGCAAUAUUGAACAUUACAGGUCAACUUAUGUCAUGAUGAAACUGUUUGCAAAAAAUCUGGAAAAAGUUAACAUAUCAGUAGUUAACAUUAAAUGUAGGCCUAAGUGUAAAAGUAUCUGAUGGGUACUUGAAGAGUUCAUGUUUAUUUUGUGCAAUAUAAAUCAUUUAAAAUGUG